AUGAACCUCCAAUUCAAGCUUAUCAGAAUUAAGAAGUUCCCGAAGGUCUGGAACAGAGCGGUGUUUGGCAACAUCCACCAGAACCUGAAGAAUGCUAAGGAGGCAGUUCUAGAGGCCCGGAUCUUAUAUGAUAGCGUGCCCACACCAGCACACAGAGCCGGCCUUAGCAGAGUCUCUGCGGAACUCUUAGUCAUGACCAAGAUGGAAGAAGGCUACUGGACGCAGAAGGCGGCAGUUAGAUGGGCAGCAGAUGGAGAGAGGAACUCCAAGUCCUUCCAUGGUUGGGUCAGGCAGAAGAGAGUGAAGUUGAGGAUACACAUGAUCGAGGCGGGGGGGAGGGAGUUAUGUGAUUGCAGCCAUUGGGGACUUCUCAGUGGGGCGUUCAUGCCUCGGAGCUUCACGGCGACCAUGAUCAUUCUCAUACCGAUGAAACCGAACCCAGUCAUGUGGGGAGGAUACAGACCGAUUAGCCUUUGUAAUGUCACGAACAAGAUCAUCACAAAGAUCUUAGCCUCGAGACUUGCACCUUUGCUCCCUCUUGUCAUCGCGUCGAAUCAUAGUGGAUUCAUCAAGGGCCGCCUCCUUAGUGACAAUGCCCUGUUUGCGCAGGACCUGAUUAAUGACCUGGGAAAGAAGCUAUCGAGCAGAGGGAGGUCGCCCAAUCUGGCCCUCAUGUUAGACAUGGCGAAGGCGUAUGAUAGAGUGCAGUGGCCUUUCUUGUUGAAGGUUCUUGAGAAGAUGGGAUUCUCGCCUACUUAG